CGGCGAGAAUCAAAACGGUGGCCCCGCCCAUCAUACGUUACAUGCGGAAGCGAGCGACGUCUGUGUUCUGUUGUUUAUCUGAACUCCUCCAUGGUCACUCACCACCGCGAAAAAGAAGGGCCAGUAGUCUUCAUGGAGACCAAAACCUGGUCCUACUGAGGCAGAACCUUAUUACCGAAGAACUGGGUCUCUCAUGAAAAGCCUUCAGGCUGAGGGGAGAAGAUCGAACACUUUCUCUUGGAUGAUGGACAGUUAGUUUCUCAGAACCUCAAUGGAAGCUCCAGUUACAGCCACCCCUUCUCCCAACUCCACUCUGCCUCCCCCGGUUCCUCUUCAUCCAGCUGUUGCCCCUUCGGUCCAGCUCGGCUUCACCAUCCUCUACACCACACUGUAUGCUGCCCUCUUCCUGGUGGUGUACAUCCAGCUCUGGCUUCUCUACCUUUACAGACACAAAAGAUGGAGCUACCAGAGUGUUUUCCUGUCCCUCUGCCUCCUCUGGUCUGCCCUCCGCACCACAUUGUUCUCCUUCUACUUCUAUAAUGCACUGGAGGCCAACCACCUGCCUGUUGCAGUCUACUGGCUGCUCUACUGCUUCCCUGUUUGUCUGCAGUUCUUCACUCUCAGCCUCAUUAACCUGUAUUUUACUCAGGUGUUGCUCAAAGUGAGAGAGAUUUCCAGUUCAGUGGGAGGCAGAAAACUGUGGCUGGCACGUUGCAUGUAUGGUGCAGUGAAUGCCGUCUUUCUCUGUGUCAACGUGGUUUGUGCGACUCUCGGGGACCGAAACCGUAGCGAGUCAGUGGAGUGGACCUGGAAUCUGGUGUUGGUUCGAGUCAUAAUCAAUGACUUACUCUUUAUCCUGGAUGCAGUGUUACUGGCCGUUUUGCUGAUGCUCCUGACAAGACACUCACACACCACCAGCCCAUACCUGAUCAACAAGGGGACCACCGUGUGCCAAACAGCAGCUCUGGGAGCAGCAGUGAUCUUGUUGUUUGCCAGUCGAGCCUGCUACAACCUGACAGUCCUCUUCCUGUCCCAGAGCCAUGAGGUGGAGUCGUUCGACUUUGACUGGUACAAUAUCUCUGACCAGGCUGACUUGCGUAAUGAAUUGGGCGACAAAGGCUACCUAGCCUUCGGUGCCAUUCUACUCAUAUGGGAACUGCUCCCGACCAGUCUGCUGAUCCUUAUCUUCAGGGUUCGCCAGCCUGCUCAGGAGACCAGCAGCAUAGUCAUCAAUAACAGAGCCCUACCUCGUCCAUACUUCUUUGACGACCCUCAAGCAAGUGAUGACGAUGCACCUGUUCCAUGGGCACGCAGUUCACAUCUACAGACAAGUUGGUAUGGGGCAGAGAGUGCUCCUCUCCUGUUUGCCACCAACCCUACAGACCGGAACUACCAGCACCACUCGUUCUACUCCACCCCCCAAAACUGAACCCGACUCCUUACCCUGAUGUGGAUUGUUGUAUUAAUCUCAAGGACAUAAUACACACAGAGGUAGCAGUGAGUAGUACGCCCCCUCUAUGAGCACUCUUUGCACAAAAACCUCAGGGAAUCAGCAGCAGUGAAGGUGCGCCUUGUGCUUGUGGAACUAAGAACAAGGGAACAAGAAAUGGACCAGGCAUGAAUAAAUGACCAAAGGUGAAGCUGGGAUUUAGCCCCACAUUUGUCUUUAAAAUGUCUCUUUGUUGCUAAACAAUGGUUAACUAAUUCUUAAAUCUAUAAAUGGCACAUUAAGCUUCAUGAGCAUUCCCCAAUAAAUGUAUACAAGUAGUUGAUAAGCUGGCAGCAGGUGAUAACCACUGAAGGCAGGCGGUGUUCCACAACUCGGUUAAAGUAAUUUUUCCCUGACGUUGUUUUAAGUGUAUUGAAAACAUACUUUCAUACUAACUUUCAAGUAGUUUAACAUUCUUGCUUAUCGAUUUGCAGCCAAAUAGUAGCUCUACAGUGUCAGAAGAUUCUUUAUGUCAAAGAUUUUAAAUUAAUAAUUCCAACAAAGCUCAACAGGAUCCUGAUGUUUAAUCUUUGACACAUGUAAUGCUACAGGUAUUUUCUUUCUUCCUUUUUUAAAAAAAAAAAAUGUAUUAAUAGUGAUCGUCUGAUGUUUUUUCAGGUUGUAUGGCACAUUUGAAGUGUAAUCACUUAAUUUUUUAUUUUGAUUCUUUGUACAAUUGUAUAGUGAUUAAAGUUUAACUUAUUUUAUAACAAUUAUGCUUUUAAUUGUAGCAAAAAAAGCAAAACAAGUUUUCCUUCAUCUUUACUUCAGUGAGUCUCUCACCUGUGACUUUGACAACACACAAAGGAAAAAUAUUAAAAAAAAAUGUUAAAAUUGAAUGUUUAACCUGUUGCUAUUUGCUAAGCAGAAACUGUUGGUGAAUUCUCUCAUUUUGUUUUACUUUGGUCAAUUUAAGCAUUUUGGUCAAACAUCAGUGAUGAUAAAUUCUCAACCUUUCAGGUUUCCAUUAAUACCUUCCUUGAUGAACAGCGUUGUUAUUGUUGCAUUAUGUCAAAAGAAAUGUCGGCUCUGUUCAACAAGCAAAAAAGUUCAGUAAAGACUGAAUAUUCGAGUUUUAUGACAAGUGGAAACAAAGAGUCUAGAUCUGAAACCCCAAAUCAGAACCUCACAAAGCAAAUACUAACCCACAAGUUGGAGGGUAAUAUGUUAAAAAUGAUUCACACGUGGAUCAUUUUAUCAUAACUUGGCAGAUAAAGAUUCUCAGUUGACUAUAUUCCAUGACAACUGAACAACUAACAAGUCAAUCACAUGGUAACUGUGAUUGACUUGUAUACAUGUACACAUGACAAUGCAUUUUUGUCAUGUAUACAUGGUCAAGAUGACCUUCUGAAGUUCAAACCAAGUUUCAGAAUGGGGGGAAGAAAGAUUAAAUUAAAGGACUUAGAAUGUGGCUUGGUUGUUGGUGCCAGGUGGACUAGUCUGCAUAUUACUGGAAUUUUUCAAAAAUAACUACCUAGACCAUCUCUGAAACCACAACAUGGGGGCUACAGGACAUUCAGGUUCUGCUACAGCAGCAGAAGACCACACCUGACCUUUUAUUAGAUACACAUACUACUUACAGAAGUAGCUGGUGAGUGUAUAUGCUUGUGUCGUUACUGAACACUGGAAAUUAGAGAUUCUAAAAUGUCAGUUUGGUUAGUUGGAUGUCUAGCUUUGGAUCCGAGUGUUUCCAAAAAGGUAUGGGAUGAUGUAUUGA